CUCGAUAGUCGAUCUCGCGUUCUUGUCGAUUUCGCGUUCGUUUUCGAUUUGUUUCGCGUGAUUAUCGUGGCUCGGGAUAUUUCUGAUAUAAUUGCAGUUGAGUAUCGUAAAAAUUGAAGGAACGUAAUUAAUUGAUUGCGUGAACUAAUGCGAUUGCCACAUUCAUAAUUAUAUUACGAUAUCGUAACGGUAUUACGAUAUUAUGGUCAUAAAGAGUCGCUCGACUUAUAUCGGGGUUUUAGAUUUCCAAUUUUAAAUUAAAGAGAAUAAAUAUGCCUAUAAAUAAACGUAUAAUAUCGGGAGUGCUGAAAAAAGUCUCGGGCGACCGUCGUAUUAUGUGAAAUACGGUAUAUUGCGUCGAUAUUUCAAAAGUGUGACGUCACGUUUCUCGUCAAGCCGACUCUGCGCGACUCUGGUACUCUGUAGCUGCCGGCAUCGUUAAAGACAAAUUGGCGGUCUACGAGAUCAUGGAUAGGAAAACAAAGGAAGAGGAAAGGUUAUUAACAAAGGAGAAAACGUAGGAACCACAGCGAAAUAAUCGUCGAAUAAGAUGGGAUUUGGAAAUCUCUGCUGAUAUCCUAUUGUAAGAUUGUAAGCAGUGCUGACAUCUGGAAACAGCUGUUCGUUAACACCCCUUACGCCCCCAGUUGUCUACGACCAUCAUGGUCGCUCCCAGGUUGAUGUAGCUGUCGAAAGUGACAUUUGUUAGAUGAAAGAGAUUAAAGUGUGCCUAUAUCACUCGUUCAAAUAUCAGCAGCAAGGACAACGCGGUUCAAGUUCGUAUUUCUUCCCUAUCUGUUCUUCGAAAUGCCGAUUGUGUAAUUUUAUAAUACGCGAAUGUUAUCCUACGCCUCUUGUCUUGUGCAAGUGGUACUCAUCGGUUUAUUAAAAUUUUGUUCAAACUGAUACGAUUGCAUCCACAAGAAAUGAAACAAUGAUGCCGAUAAAAGACAAUCAAGAUGUGGCAUGCUUUUUAGUUACCAAGCAUUCUACAUGGAAGGGGAAAUACAAACGUAUCUUCUCCAUUGGCUCCAUGGGGAUAACAACAUAUAAUCCUGGUACAUUAGAGGUCACAAAUAGAUGGGAGUAUUCCGAUUUUAUAAAUGUGCAGCCAAUAAAUAGAAGUCAAUUAGGCUCCCAUGAAUUUACCAUAACUGUACGUAAGGAGCGGAAAAAUGAUACCAUGAAGUUUAGUUCCGAACAUAGAUCGCACUUGCUGACAGAAGCACUUAAAUACAGAAACCAAUUUGAAAAAUCUAAAGAAACCUUGAGAUACCAAGCUUACAAACAUCAUUGGUCUGACACAAGAUUACCCAUUGUAUUAGAAAUAACACCAUACAGUCUCGAUCAAUUAGAUCCUGCAACAAACAUGGUAUUAGCUAGCUACUGUUAUAAAGAUUUUGAAGGGCUUCUGACAAUGAAAGAUUAUCCAAAUGGAUUUGUGAUUGUGUGUGGUGGCUUUGGUCGCCUGCAUCUUUUUGCUUCUAUUCAUAUGGAAGAAAUAAAGAAAAAAUUACAGGAAGCUGCACUAAAUAAUUUAGGCAUUAAUAUAAAAAUGUUGAAGGAGCCUAUAAAACUCGACGACUUUAUUGCUCAAAGAUUAGGAAAGUUUAGCGGCGAUGAGUAUAUAACGAGUGUUUCGGAAUUUACUGUACAAAAAAUCUCUUCUAGGCAUUUGGACCCACAAAGAAGAACGCUUUGUCUUUCUGACACCUGCCUAUUGGAAAGAGAUCCUCAAACAUACAACAUUUGUACUCUUAGGCCAUUAGCGGACAUUUUUACUUUGAUUCGUGAUAACGAUAAUCCUCAAUUAUUUACUAUACAAUAUCUUAAUGGUCAAACGCGCAGUUAUACUGCGACGAAUAGAGAUUCCUUAUUAGCAUCUUUACUAGACGGUGUAAGAGCAUCCGGCAAUAGAGAUGUCCAUGUAAAGAUGUAUCCUAUAGCCAGAGGUAAAAGACUCGGACCUUUCAAUCUAUCUGUUGAUGAAGAGGUCGAAACGACGCACAUUAAAUUUCUUCAACAACCACCUGGAGGACGUACGUUUGCUGAAAUUCUGGAGAGAUUUAAUGCAAACAUACCGUACAGUGGUCUUAAUUACUCCACUACUCAAGAUGAAUUUGUACCGCUUGAAUGGACUGUAACAACGUUACAACUUCAAGUACAUCGUAUCACAAAUGAUUACUUACAGGGAAUCUUUACUGAAAACAAAGACAAGAUUAUCCUUGGAGCUUUGAAUACUUUAAUCAGCAAAGAUUUAGAGACAAACUGCGAGAUUGAGGCACAAUUUCAUGCACUACGAAGAUUGGUGGCUAAUAAAAUUGGCUUUGCUGCAUUUACAACGCUUUCUGGUUUUAGAGAAGCUGUUGGUACAAAAGUCGUAAAGGCUUUAAAGAAACAAAAUUCUGGUGUAACGCAAGCUGCCAUAGAUUGUAUUUGUGCUCUGAUGCAACCAAUGCAUGACGAUUGUGAUUUAAGACAAGAACAAUUGAACAAAAGUAGCUUGCUCAGCAGUAAUAAGUUUUUAGAAAGUUUGCUUGAAAUGUGGAUUAAUCACAUUAAUCAUGGUACAGGUGCAUUGGUAGUCUCUGCUAUGCUCGAUCUUUUAACAUUCGCCCUGUGUGUGCCAUACAGUGAAACGACUGAUGGUAAACAUUUUGACAAUCUUUUAGAAAUGGUUGCUACAAGAGGCAGAUCUUUGUUUAAAUUAUUUCAACAUCCUUCGCUGGCUGUGGUCAAAGGUGCUGGAUUGAUAAUGCGUGCAAUCAUUGAAGAAGGUGCACCAGAAGUUGCAGCAAAGAUGCAAGAGCUGGCACUCGCGGAAGGGGCUCUACCAAGACAUCUAUUAAAUAGUUUAUUUACUGUUGGAAGUGAUAGCAGACUGUUAACGCAUCGACAAUUGUGCCGACAUCUAGUAGGUUUAUGGGUCACGGGACAUCCCACAGCUAUGGGAUUAUUGAAACGAAUUAUGCCAGUCGGUUUGUUGAAUUAUUUGGACUCUGAUGAAAAAGUACCAGAGUCGUUCGUUGAAGAAGAAAGAUUGAACAACCGUGAUAAUUUAAAGAUAGCAAUAGAUCACGCAUCUAGAAAUAAAAAAAGCCCGCAAUGGAUUGCUAUCGAACGUCAGAUGCGAGUAGUUGAGAAGCAUGUAGAAAAUGCUCUGCAACAUUGGGGUGCUCGUAUUGGAAUAGAGCGAAGAGAAAAAAUUAAAGAGCGUCCGAUAGUAUUGAGAAAACGUAGGGAACGAAUUAAAUCUGAAGCAAAUUGGAAAUUAUUCUAUUAUAAAUUUAAUCAAGAUCACGCACUGCCAAAUUUGAUUUGGAAUCAUAAAACAAGAGAGGAGUUAAGAAUAGCGCUGGAAAAUGAAAUACGUGCAUUUACUUCAGAUAAAGAUUUGGCUGGUGGAACUUUGAUCGCGUGGAAUCAUAGAGAAUUUGAGGUACAAUAUCAAUGUCUCUCAGAUGAAGUUAAAAUUGGAGAUUACUACUUGAGGCUUUUGUUAGAAAAAGAUACUCCGGACAACCCGAUAAGAAAAUCAUACGAGUUUUUUAAUGAUUUAUAUCAUAGAUUCUUAUUGACUGCGAAAAUCGAAAUGAAGUGCCUUUGCUUGCAAGCAAUGACGAUAGUGUACGGUCGAUAUUACGAGGACAUUGGUCCAUUCUCAGAUACAAAAUAUAUACUGGGAAUGUUGGAGCGUUGCUUAGAUAGAACAGAACGCGAUAGGCUAGUUAUGUUCAUAAAUAAGCUCAUAUUACAUAGACGAAACGUCAAAGAUAUAAUGGAUCAAAAUGGAGUACGAACUUUGGUCGAUUUAUUGACAUUAGCGCAUUUACAUACUUCCCGAGCAGUUGUGCCAGCGCAAACUAAUGUGAUAGAGGCAGGCCCGCAACAGGAACGAAUGGAAAAGGAAUGGUAUUAUAAUAACGGAGAGCAACGUGAAGGCCCGAUAAGUUUAAGAGAUCUAAAAGAAUUGUACAGUUCGAAUCAAGUGACUUAUAAAACAAAAGUUUGGGCACAGGGAUUAGAUGGAUGGAAAACAAUUUCGCAAGUGCCGCAAUUAAAGUGGAGUCUCGUUGCGAAAGGAACUCCCGUAAUAAAUGAAAGUGAAUUGGCCAAUUUAAUCUUGAAUAUCUUAAUUAAGAUGUGCGAAUAUUUUCCAAGUAGAGACGCUGAUGAUGCGGUGAUCAGACCGUUGCCACGCGUAAAGCGAUUAUUAUCCGACCUUCAGUACCUGCCACAUAUUGUACAGCUUUUACUAACGUUUGACCCGAUUCUAGUUGAAAGAGUUGCCACAUUGUUAUGUGAAAUAAUGCGAGAUAACGCGGAUGUGUCGAAAAUUUAUCUUACCGGCGUGUUUUACUUCAUCUUAAUGUAUACUGGUUCUAACGUCUUACCGAUUGCAAGGUUUUUACAGCUUACGCACACAAAACAAGCCUUUAGGAACGAUGAUACCACUUCUUCAGAUAUUAUGCAACGAAGUAUUCUCGGUCAACUAUUACCCGAUGCAAUGGUUAAUUAUUUGGAAAAUCAUGGGGCGGAGAAAUUUGCACAGAUAUUUCUCGGAGAUUACGAUACGCCGGAAGCAAUUUGGAACGCGGAGAUGCGACGAAUGCUUAUCGAGAAAAUUGCUGCGCAUAUCGCAGAUUUUAGUCCCAAGUUACGAAGUCAUACCAUGGCUAGGUAUCAGUAUAUUGCUAUACCUGCUGUAAGAUAUCCACAAUUGGAGAAUGAAUUGUUCUGCCAGAUAUUCUAUCUCAGACAUCUUUGUGAUACCGUUAAAUUCCCACAGUGGCCUAUUCCAGAACCCGUGCAAUUAUUAAAAGACGUAUUAGACGCAUGGAAGAAAGAAGUUGAAAAGAAACCACCUUUGAUGACUGUGGACGAGGCUUACAAGCAACUUGGCUUAUCUGUUGGAAAACAACAUGAUGGAGCGAUUGUUAGGAAAUCAUUUUAUAAAUUAGCUCAAAUGUAUCAUCCUGAUAAAAACCCUGAGGGGAGAGAUAAAUUCGAAGCUGUUAGUCAAGCGUACGAAUUUUUAUGCAGUCGCAGUUGUUGGUCGACUACUGGUCCUAAUCCCGAUAAUAUUGUUUUGAUUCUGAGAACACAGAGCAUACUUUUUCAUAGAUAUACAGAUGAACUUAGACCUUAUAAGUAUGCCGGUUAUCCCCAGUUAAUCAAGACGAUUAAGCUAGAGACAGACGAUGAACGAUUAUUUUCCAAAUCUGCCCCAUUGCUGGCAGCUGCGAGCGAACUCGCGUAUCACACGGUGCAUUGCUCGGCAUUAAAUGCUGAAGAAUUGCGAAGAGAGGGUGGUUUAGAUGUGUUAUUGGAAGCAUAUACGCGAUGCGUGUCUGUUUUGAGUAAUUCGAGUAAACCCACCGACAUAGCGGUGCAAGUUUGUAUGCAUAUCACUAGAUGUUUCGCUGUUGCUGGAUCGUUCCGAGGAUGCAGAGAUAAGAUUAUCGAAUUACCGCAACUCGUAAAAGAUCUUUGCAGAAUAUUACAUUUUAAGCAUUUAACGAAAUUAUGUGCGGUUGCCACGGAAUGUAUUUCAUCUCUUGCUACAGAUAGUAUAUUACAAAUGCAGUUAUUACAAUCUGGUGCUUUGUGGGAUCUGUUGCUCUUUAUGUUUAACUAUGAUUACACAUUAGAGGAAGGCGGCGUGGAAAGAAAUCAGGAUGAAAAUCGUCAGGAAGUGGCCAAUAAUUUAGCUAAAUUGGCAGUUCGCGCUUGUGCUAGAUUAGGCGGUUACAUGAAGGGAGAAAACGAGACGCCCAUUAAUCCCGUUACCGUUGCCGCACUAGAAAGCUUAUUAACGCCCUAUCUAGCACGUCAGCUUGUUAAAGAUAAACCUGAGGAGAUUUUAAAGAUAUUAAAUUCUAAUUGUUUAAAUCCAUAUUUAAUUUGGGACAAUGGAACUAGAGCGGAAUUAAAUGAAUAUUUAGAAGCGAAACAGCAAGAGAGAUUAAAUAAUAGCGAUAACUUUGAACAUGAUUUUAGUGAUUUUAAGUAUACCGCUCAUGCUAAUGAAUUAGUAAUUGGUGAAAUAUUUGUGAAAAUAUAUAAUGAACAACCAGUAUAUCCAAUUGAGAAUCCAAAGAGUUUUACAAUAAAUUUGCUCGAAUUUCUAUUAUUCUCUUCGGAAUAUUUGACAUCUUUGGGAAGUGUUCCUCUAAAUAAAAAGGAUCAAGAAAAAUUGGAACACAUUGUUAUGGCGCUUAAAGCAUUGAAUAAUGUUAUUAAAAAUAAUCCUGGAAUUGAAUUACAAUGUAUGGGGCACUUUAAGUUGCUAUUCGGACUUUUGAAUUGUAAUAACUUUAAAUUAAUUCAAAAGAGCGCUCUAGAAAUAAUCAGUAAUGUUACCAAAAAUCAGGAAUGUGUUGAUGAUAUAGCCGCGAAUGAAGUUGUAGUGCAUUUAUUAUUAUGUUUGCACAGCCUGAAGGAAUGUCAGCUUCUUGCAUUAGAAACUUUAUAUGCACUAAUGAGUUCGACUAAAAUUGUAAAAGAUGCAUUAGCAAAAGGAGCUGUUGUGUAUAUUCUCGAUCUGUUUUGUAAUUCAAGUAACGUUCAAAUAAGAGAAGCAGCAGCUGAGUUGCUUGCGAAAAUGUCAUCUGAUAAAUUAGCUGGGCCAAAAGUUAAACUUGAUUUAUCGAAAUUUUUGCCUAGAUUAUUCAGCGAAGCUAUUCGUGAUGCACCUAAGCAAUGUGUACACAUGUUUGAAACAAAGCACGAAAAUCCUGAAUUGAUAUGGGACGAUGAUGCGAAAGCUAGAGUAGCAAGAAUUAUUGCCGAGUUAAAAGACGAAUAUCAUGCAUUACAGAGACGGAAUCCUAAUGCUAUAUUAAAAUUACCUGAUACGCAGAAUAAUAUCGACAUCGCGACCAACGAACCUGUCGUAGGUGGUGUAUAUCUUAGAUUAUUCAUAGCCAGUCCUGCUUGGGCGCUUAGGAAACCAAAAGAAUUUUUAAGUGAACUGAUGGAUACUACAUUAACACUGAUGUCCAAGGAAAAGACUGAUACGGAUAUGUUGGAAUUAACGACCCAGGCUCUCGUGUGUCUAUUGCAAGCACAACCUACUUUGGCAGACCAAGUACCAUCCUUGGGACAUAUACCGCGACUUUGUCGACAAAUGGCUGUUCAAAAUAGUCAGCCAUUGGUAUAUAAAACAGCUAUAUUAAUUCUGCAUCAGUUAGCUACAAGCGAAAUUUGUAUCUCGUCCAUAUGUCAGACAGAUUGCAUAAGCCCGUUAAAGCAUGCGAUGCAAUCGAGAAGAGACAUGAUUGCAGUGGCAUGUGAAACAUUGAACAGGCUAUUUUCAACGAAUGAAGAUAGACUUAUUAAGCAGGCAUUGGAUGCCGAAAUGGUACCAUAUCUCUUAAAUAUAUUAGAAGGACGAUUAGAUAUUGUUGAGAAUCCUGCCACGACUAAAGCACAAAUAGUAAAAGCUUUAAAAGCUAUGACAAAAAGUUUACUUCUUGGUGAAAAAGUUAAUGCUAUUUUGGAAAAGUCAAGCGUAUGGGCCGAAUAUAAGGAUCAACGACAUGAUCUAUUUAUUUCUAACAAUACUAGUUCUGGUUAUCUUACAGCUGCAACGCCUGUAUCUGCUGGCUAUUUAACAGCAGGACCAAGUGCAACUUUGACCGCGAGUCCACCACCGGUAGACAAAGAAGAUAAUCUAAUUAAUAGAAAUGAUAGCAUCUGAUAUAGGUAGCAUCGUAAGUGGUGCAAAAAACAGUGAGGGGAGUACUGUAUGUCAGUACUGUAUGUGAGAGAGAUUCCUAUCGGUAAAUAAAAUACCGAUAUAGAGACUACAUUGUCUGUGAUUUUUGGCUUCUUAAAGAAAGAAAUUUAUUAAUCAAAUUUUGUUUUUGCUGUAUAAUCUUUAUAUUAUAGGAUCAUAUAAUAUAUUUCGUUCUUUUUAAUUACAUUUAUAUAUGAGUCGUAGUGUGUAAUGUAACUAUAAAUAAAACUUAAAUUGUCAGUUUUUAAGAUACCACAAGUAUAGAUAUAUAGAUAAAUUAUAAUACACUUUCUUAUAUCAAACAAGUUUUCGGACAAAUUUUUAUUUUAUACUUAGCAGCGUCAUAUAAUAUGACAUUUUGUUACGUUUCUGGUAAACGGAUUUAUAUUUGUAAAUUUGUCCGCGCAGGGUAUUUAAAGAAACAAAAAUAUAAUUCGAUAGCAUUGCCUGAGGUGCAUUCAAAGACAUUAACCGACUUUUUUUGUAUUUAAAAAAUCUAAGUGAAGGAAUAAUUAUCAGUUAAUUUAGCUUAGAAUAAUUAUUAUAAGUUAGUUUGUUUUCUGAUUUUGACACAAUCAUGUUUUCACACCUAUAUGUAAUCAACUAAGUUUUGUAGUCUAACUUUUAAGCUUAAUUACGCGUUAAUUACAUCUUUACUUGAAUUUUUAUUAAGGAAAAAUUAAUAUACUAUAUGAAGAAAUAUGUCUAUCUUAACCAUUUCUCAUAUCUUUAGAGAUAUCUAUAUAUGUAUGAUACAGAAUAUUAUGAGAUGUUUAUUUUUUAACUAAAUUAACCAUGAGUUUACAUGUAAAAAUUUUCAAGAGAACUAUGAGUAAGAUUUAUGUAAUAAUUUGCAGUAAAAUCAAAAAAAGAAAAAAAAGAAAACCAACAAGAAUUCAUAUGUAGUAAUGCAACAACUUUCUCUGUGAUAGCAUGUUAAUUGUGACAUAUACAUAUAAUGAAAGAUGGUGAUACAUUCUAAGUCUCGCCAUUGCAAAAACACAUUUUCAUUGGUCACAUUCCAAGCAGUCAAAAAUAUAAAAUGUACUUAUACAAAAUUGAGCACGUCCUUGUGAAAGAAAAAAAUUAAAAAUUAUGAAAAAAUUAACAUAUAUUAAAAAAUUGGAAAAUAUCUCUAUCUAUUCAUUCAUAAUGAAAAAAGUUAAAAUUUUUUUCUUGAAGUUAUAUUAUAGAAUAAAAAGUUUGAUUGAAAAGUAUAAUUAUACUUAUUUGUGCAAAACGUUUUUACAAUGUACAUAUUAUUUUCUUGAAACGAUAUUACAUAUUUUUAAAUCAGAAGAUAUUCUCGAUUGUAUGCUUGGUAUCGCGAUUUAAACGUAUCUUGAAUUUUGGAUGUCAUACUUGCUAUUUAUUAUCUUGAAAUAUACAUUACUAUGUAUACUUUAAUAUUAAAAAUAUAUAUACUAUUUAUAUCAUUAUAAUUAUAUAAUAUAUGUCAAUUUUUCUACGACCUUUCUAAUAUUUUCCAAUCAUACAAGAUAAAGUUCUAUUCAAAUCGUCAAAAAUUUCAGAAUAUUUUUUAUUGAACAAAUUAUUUGCCGAUUUAUUUAUUCUCAGAUUUUUCGAGGAAGUAUUUUAAGUUUUAAUUACUAAGAUCUCCUCGAAAAUUAAAGCGAUAACAUCUGAUAAUGUUAUAAAAAGGACUCUUUAUUAAUAUCCAUUUAUGGAUAUUUAUAGAUAUAAAAUUUCCAAAAAAAUAUUUAUAUAAUAGACAUUAUCUAAACAAAAAUCUUAGAAGAAAAAGAAGAAAAAGGAAACAUAAAAGCAUCUUUUAGAUAUCUUUACAUUUAGACCUCGUCUGAGCAAUACCUCUUUCUUUAUAAUAAUUAAUGCACUGUAUCGUGUAUAAAUAAUUUAUUAAUUUAGUUGCGAAUGAAAGAUCCUUAGUUAAGUUAAUGUAUUUUAUCUCACAAAGUUCUUAAAAUUGUGAGCAAUAUAUUGUAAAUACGUACAUAUAUGUAUAGGAAAGAAUUUAUCACAGAUCAUCAUACAUAUGAUUAGAAAAUAAAUGAUUUUGCACAUGA